CGUAGACUUGUAUACUAUCAUAACUAAAAGAAUAGUCUAAACGCAAAACAGAGAUAUCGAUGGCGAGCAACGGCAAUGACAACUGCAACGCUAUCGAAAGCAUUUGGCGGUUCAAAGGAAACGGUGCGACGAGUGAUGCAGCUGCGGUAACGUUGAGAAAACUCAUCUUUGGGAUGUUUCAAAACUGCGACUUCAACAAUGGAAAAACCAUCUUACCCUCCGUCACUCACAGCUUCAAAACUUGCCCCGAAGCCGAGGAAGCUGUAGCUGCAGCCGUCCGAUCCGGCAUGGCCAACUCUUAUGCACCGAGCCCCGGGAUUUACAAGGCUAGAAGAGCGGUGGUAGAUCAUAUAAAUGGAGGUCUCCCGAACAAGCUAAGGCCAGAGGAUGUGUAUAUCACCGGCGGAUGCAACCAAGCGAUAGAGAUCUUAAUGGAUUGUCUUGCGGGAAAUCCAGCAGCCAACAUUUUGCUUCCAAGACCAGGCUAUCCUCAUUACGAUGCUCGUGCUGUUUAUAGCGGCAUCAAGAUUCGCAAUUACGAUCUCCUCCCGGAAAGAGAUUUCGAGAUCGAUCUAAACGGACUCGAGGCUGCAGCAAAUGAGAAUACUGUCGCAAUGGUUCUCAUCAACCCCAACAAUCCAUGUGGAAACGUCUACACCUACGACCAUCUUAAUAAGGUUGCUGAGAUAGCUAGGAAACUCGGUAUAAUGGUGAUAUCUGAUGAAGUAUAUGAUCAAGUUGUAUUUGGAGACAGACCCUUUGUUCCCAUGGGGAUUUUUGCAUCGAUAGCUCCGGUGAUCACGCUCGGAUCCAUAUCCAAAGGAUGGGUUGUACCGGGCUGGAGAAUCGGCUGGAUCGCAAUGAACGAUCCUAAUGGCAUUCUUAAACAUACAGGGGUAGUUCAAGCAAUAGAGGAUUGUCUUGAUUUAGUUCCACAAGCUUCAUUUAUUCUUCAGGAAGCACUUCCUGAUAUAUUGGAGAAAACACCUAAAGAGUUCUUCGACAAGAAGAAUAAAGCCAUGAAACGAAACGUAGAGAUUUCAUGUGAGAGGCUUAAGGACAUUCCUUGUCUCCUUUGCCCCACGAAACCUGAAUCUUGUUCUUACUUAUGGGUAAAGCUUGACACAUCAAUGUUCGACGAUAUCAAGAAUGAUUUUGAUUUCUGCUCGAAGCUAGUCAGUGAGGAGAGUCUUGUCCUUGUACCAGGAGUGGCUAUAGGAGCAGAGAAUUGGGUGAGGAUAUCAAUCGGAACAGAAGAAUCAGAGCUAGAGGAAGUAUUUGACAGAUUAAAGAGUUUCUAUGGUCGUCAUGCUGCACCCUCUAAGGAAGCUGUUGGAUAUUUCCCUCCUUAGCUGGAUAUUUCUCUCUUUAGCCAAAGACAAGAAAUAAGCAUGUGAUAAUUAUGACUAAAUUAGAAUAAUCUAGAAUUAUGAAGAAGAGAAGAAAAUAUCUAGAUUAAGAUAAUGAUGAGAGAGUACUCUAGAAUUCUCUAAUAUGUCGGUCAUCUCUAUUAUAAAUACAAGGGUAGAGUAGCAUUUGUAAAAGAUGAUCUCAUCAAGAGAAAGAGAGAAAACCUAUAAGAGUGUUCACACUAAAAAUCAUCUCUUUGUAAUCCCUUUCCUUAUAAUAAAAGAAGUUGUUUCUUAAAA